AUGCUGACUCUGCAUUUCUCUGCAUCUCUGCUUUCCUACAGCAACUGUCUAACGAUGGUGGCCAAAGGAAAUCACACCCCCAGUGUUGAAUUUGUUCUCUUGGGGUUCUCAGAGCAGGAGGAUGUCCAGGAUGUCCUCUUCAUAGUCUUCUUGGUGAUCUACAUGAUCACUCUGCUGGGGAAUUUGGGGAUGCUGGUGUUGAUCAGGAUGGAUUCCCAGCUCCACACUCCCAUGUACUUCUUCCUGAGCAGCCUGUCCUUCCUGGACAUCUGCUAUUCCUCCUCAAUCACUCCCAGGCUGCUCUCAGAUCUCCUCACAAAAAGGAAGGUCAUUUCUUACUCAGCUUGCCUCACACAAUUAUACUUCUAUGCGGUCUUUGCCACCGCCGAGUGCUACCUCUUGGCUGUGAUGGCCUAUGACCGUUACGUGGCCAUCUGCAGCCCACUGCUCUAUGCUGUCUCCAUGUCCAGCAGAGUUUGUGCACUUCUGGUGGCUGGCUCAUACCUUGCUGGGAUUGUGAAUGCCACUAUCCACACAGGGUUUGCCCUUCGGUUGUCCUUCUGUGGUCCCAACAUCAUCAACCACUUCUACUGUGAGGGACCCCCACUUUGCGCCAUCUCUUGCACGGACCCCACCAUCAAUGAGAUUGUGAUGUUCAUUGUGGUUGGCUUCAACCUGUUUGUCACCAACCUGACCAUCCUCACCUCCUACACCUAUAUCCUGGUCACCAUCUUCAGGAUGCGCUCAGCCACGAGCAAACGCAAAGCCUUCUCCACAUGCAUGUCCCACCUGACUGCUGUGACCCUCUUCUAUGGAUCUGCAGCAUCCAUGUACUCACGACCCAUCUCCAGGAACUCUCAGGACCUCGACAAAGUGGCCUCUGUGUUUUACACUGUAGUGACCCCCAUGCUGAACCCCAUCAUCUACAGCCUGAGGAACAAGGAGGUGAAGAGUGUGCUGGGGAGAGUGAUGAAGAGGAAACGUUCAUCUGAAAAAUAG